AUGCCUUCAAAUCGAGAGCCGUCCAUCAUUCCCUUCGCCGAACUCGAGCCAUCGUGGCACGUACCGGGAGCGAAGGUCGGAGGAACACUACGCUGGUUGAUCAGUUGGGUGGGUGGACGCAAGGGCUUUGUAAACUCCAAUCCUGAAAGAGCAGUGAUCAACGAUGAGAUUUCGGUUGGUCUGAUGUACCUUCCCGUCGGUCAACGACAGGAGGGGUUGCAUUAUCACACUGUGACCGAAAUUUACGUUAUUGUCAAAGGACGUGUCGUUGGGUACGACGGCUCGAAUACGUCUCAUAUCGCAGGCCCGAUGGACUGCAUCUACAUUCCAGCCGGCGUACCACAUGGUGUUCGAAAUGCGGGCAUGGAAGAUGUCGAACUGAUCUGGCUACAUGACGGGGUCGAAGCGUCUGGGAUGACCAUCUACUGCGACACCCAGCAAGAUCUUGAGAACGCCCCCUCUAAGGCACCUAUCCAGGUCGUGCAGCUUCAAGACCUAGCUCCCGUGUGGUCCAAUCCGCGAGCCAAAGAGCCAGAGUUCUUACGAUGGGUGGUGAAUUGGAUCGGAGGCCCUGGCGGGUUUGAGAACUUGAACCCAGGCUACGCUGUCGAGAGCGAGAAGAUCGCCUUGGGCCUGACUGUGCUCAUGCCAGGCAACAAACAGGUGCCUCAUUGUCACUCCGUCGCUGAAGUCUACGUAAUUCUGAAGGGCAAAGUACUCGUGAAGCUCGACAAGGAAGGCAAAAAAGCAAAAGAGCUCGCAUAUCUAGAUUGUGCCUAUUUCCCAGACGGCGCGGUCCAUUCAUUGCGCAACCAUGGCUCAGAACCAGCAUAUAUCAUGUGGGCGCAUGAUAGAGCCAACCGAUCUGGCGGAACCAAUUACGAAAACCUUGAAGGACAAGAGCUAAGCACUCCCCAACCAUCGACAAAUGGAAUAGCUUAA